GGAGCGCAUUUUAUAACCAACUUGUCGAUGGCUUAUUUCUAAUGCGUGGGGAGGAUUACAUCCAGUUAUGGUGAUUGCUAUCAUAUAUGAGUAACUAAGUUCAGUCUACUAACAUAGAUGAAUAAUUAGAACUUGGAGUAGUUAAGUGAUGUACUGUUUUUAUCGUUCGUUGGCGUGUGUGACUGCAUAUUUCCCAGAAUUAUGUCAACUAACGAACUAGGUCCUCAAACUGUUGUUGGAUUAAAAGACAUCUCUUUAGAUAUGAUGGUUAUGCAGGCCAACACAAUGAAAUUAAGUGAUCAGGAAGCUAGUCGUUCGAAUUAUUCUAAAGACGAGCCUUGUUCCAUUCAUGAUUCCUUUAGUAUUGACCGCCAUUCUUCAGAUGAAAAUUCACCUGGUGCCAAAAUUAAAGAAGACCGGUGUGCUGAAGAAAUUACUAUGUCGGGCUCGGCUGGGGACGAUGUGUCACGAGCGUUGAUACAGCGAAAACAACCACUAAUGGAACUAGUUAGUUCCGAAGAAGGUUAUGUUCGGCGUUUGAAACUGGUAAAGGAUUUCUACAUACCGGCUGUUAAUGCUCCAACUACAGCUCAGUCCAAUACAGAAAACAUAGGAGCACCUAGCUCGCUACCUCACAGUGAUUCACAUGCUUCCCCACCUGUUGCUCCAGAGGAUUUAGCAGCUCGAUGGAGAAUCAUAUGGGGAAACUGGAUCCAGUUAUAUGAAUGGCAUUCGGCGUUCCUUGAAAAGCUAGUUAGCGUUGUGGAGAGUGAUCCUGAUCGCAUACCAAAGCUCUUUAUUGACUCUCGAGCUCGUUUAAGGUCUAUAUACUCGAAAUAUUGUGAAAAUCACCGAAAGGCAGCUUUAAUUGCAGAGCAGUACCGGGAUUUUUUUGAGGAGUUGCGCAUUUUUAUUGGCGACAAAGAGGACGUUGUCUCACACCUAAUGCAACCAGUUCAGCGUAUAAUGCGCUACCAACUCCCUAUUGCAGAGAUUCUUAAGUACACUCAACGUGCCUGUUCACCUGAUCUUUUAUUGUGGAAAAAGACUUUGGAGAUUAUGAAGGAAAUCCCAAAGGAUACGCAACUGAUAUUGGAAUGAAAAAUAUCUGACUUUGUCAGUGUUGGAAUGUUUCGGGAAAUCGGUUGGAAUUUGACACCCCAGAUUUUAAUGGUUGGUCCUCAGUGGACAAAGUAUGAAAAGCCAUUUGCUUAUCAUGAUUAUACGCAGUUUGUCGUGUCAUUUUUGUGUGUGGAGAAGUUUAAAUUCACGUUCUUCAACCUCGAAGAUAGAAAUAAUUCUCAGGCGUCUAGGUCUAUGGAAGUCGAGGCUGCUCGUAUAGAUGGCUUCCCUGGAGUAAUAACCGCUUUGGGAAACAUAUUAUUACGCAGUGAUCUGUUAGUAGCAACUACUACUCGUGAGCAAUUGUUAGAAACUGUCACUGCCUAUAAAAUGGCUCUUCAAAAUGUCAACAGUGGUGUUUUUUCUGAAACCAAUACAUCACUUAACAAAAUCUCUUCUCAUGUUGGGCGAUCUGGGGUAAAUACGGGUCCAUCACUUUCUACAGACAAUUCAGCCACAAUGUGUUCGUCCUCUGCUACACCAAAUAGUUUGGGAUUACCUUCUCCUGUUGAAGGCCUUAAUUCUGUUAUCUCAGAAGGAAAUGGACUUUUUACAGGAAAUCUAAAGUUUGUAGAAUCACGGUUGUUUUUAUUCGAGCAAAUGUUACUCGUUACGGAAGAAGUUAAACCAAAGCGUCGCGUAGCUACCAGUGAUACAUUUUCCCAGUCUACUUAUCAGUUUAAAGCUGCAAUAAAUGUCAACAAAAUGCGUUAUGAGUCUCAUUGGUACAAUUGUACCCUUUCGAGUGGUCACAUAAAUUCAGAGGCUGCAACUAUUGAUAAUCUUUUGUGCAGUGGCUAUUCACCUGACGAUCUGCGGUUUGCAAUUUUAGACCAAACUCCUGGAAAAGACUUCGUCUAUGUUAUUGAUCCUAUUAGCUGUUCGAAUAGAGAAGCAUGGGUUGUACAGUUGCGUGAUAUUCAGCAUAUGCAGCACGAAUUUUUGCUUGCUCUCCAAGAUCCAAGGAAAUUCAACACUAGCACUCGGGAUGAAGGAUGGGCUAAGGAUUCAUUAACACAUGAACUUACGUCAACUUUUAGUACAGAUCAAUCUGUACGAACUGAUGCUCAGUUAUCUAUAUCCAUAUCUCCAUGUAAUCAAGCAAGUCAACAACCACAUAAAAAGUGGCCAAGCUUUACAAUGAAACGCCCAGUUAGAUUAGGUUCUAACUCAUCUUCCAUAGGCACAAAAGAGACUGGAACAGGAAGACAGUCUUCCGCUUCACGCCCAAUUAUCCCUCUUAAAUCAGGAUCUCAAGAUCGACCAGUUUGUCUUGCUCGGUCUUUAUCUGCCGAGCGUCAAUUUUCGAAUCGCGAAAAACUUGUAGAUUCGAAGUUCUUAACUUGUGAUGAUCAAACUGGUGAUGAUGUGUGUGACACAUCAGUUUACCGCAAAUCUUCUCAAAGUGCAAAUAGCUCCUUAAAGCUGACUAAUCAAUCUGUUAGCUCAAAACUAUCAGAUAAUAUUUUACAAAAUGAAACUACUCCACAUUUAAAAGGUGGAUUGUUAAAGAAAAGAAAUGCUCUUGUAAACUUCUUUAGUCGUGGCAAACCUAAGCACAGGGGUAAACACCACCAAAGUCAGCAUCAGUUAGUUGUGCCAUCAGGAUUACAGUCUAAAUUAGAACAUGAAGCUGUUCCUGACUGUACAUUUCCUAAUUCCGAUGACCAUGUUUGUAAUUCUGAGGUAAAUUUAGGAGACAAUCCAAUCAUAUCAACUGAUAAUAUACCCAAUGUUAAACCUCAUGCUUUGGAAUAUACAACAGAAUAACGCGGUCUAAAUAUUAAAAAUUUGAGUUUGUAUUUAGUUUAUUAAAAGUAUGAAUCUCUUUCAUCUUUGAGUAUAUUUUACCCAUGUCAUUUUACAAAUGAACCUGUUGAGGAUUAAACUAGAUUUAGCAUUUGAUCUUUGCCAAAGUUCUUCAUAUCCGGUCAAUAUUGUUUACUUUCUGUAUUGUGUCGGUAGUGUGAAUUCAUCCGUGUGCAAUACAUGCAAUUCAAACUCUGAUCUUUCAUCAUUUCAUUAUUUGACAACCAAACGCAGUAGCUUUUAAUAAAUACACGGUUGUAAUCAGCUCAAUAUUCAUAAUUAGUUCUCCAGAUCUAUUUGCCUGUUUAGUUUCUAAUAUGUUAUGUGGUGUUUAUUGUAAUUAUUAUUGCAUUCAACAAAUUCUUAAUGUGUAUUUUUUUCUUUAAUGGACUCUACAUUGUUUCAUGACCUUCACUAAAAGUUUUCUAUUUUCCAUGUACCCAUGACAUUUGCCAUUUUUCUUUUAACGAUGGGACUCUUUUUCGUGGUGAUUUUUCUCUUCAGACCUUAUCAAUUCUCUUAAUAAUAGUAAUGAUUACUACUAUUAUUAUUGUGUUACUAUAUCCUGAUUUAAUCACCAAUGAGAACCAUUUACGUGGUUACUAUUAUCAUUAUGAAUUGUAUUUCAGAAACUUGUUUUUUAUUUGUAUAUUUAGAUUUUCCCGCGCAAUUAUUACUGUAUGAAUAGAAAACCAAAUUAAACUAUCAGAAUAUUUGUAAUUUACAGCUUGAAUUAAUUCUUUAAAUAAUUUCAUAUUAUGUGUUACUAAAAACCAAAUAAUUGAUUUAAUGACACAUUAUUUACGUACUUAUUAUUUUAUUUAUUUUCGGAAAUAUAUUUCCCUAUUUGUCAUUAUUCUUUCUUUCUGUUCUACAUUGAUUCUUACCGUUCUGUUUUUAAUAUAUUAUCUGUGAAUGACAUACACAUCACGUUUUCGUGCAUUUAUGUUCAUGAACAAUACAAUAACAUAGACUAUAGUAUGUAUCAUCAUGAUUACUACCAAUGAAAGGCUGUGUGACAUCUCAAUAAGGCAUUUAAUCAGUCUUCAUUUGUGUCUUAUUAAAUUGUCUUCGAUUACUAGAAAAAAGUUUUUAAUUGCGGUUAUUUUGAAUCUCUUCAUUUAAUCGAUACAUACACAUAUAUUCUUUAUUACAUUUUGUGUUAAUUGUUACUUAUUGGAUAUAAUUAGAUGCUUCUGCUAUAACUAUCCCUUCCCACCCAUGUUGAUUCUUCCACUUGUUUGCAUAUACGGCGGUGUUUGCCUUUAGUCUUUUUUAUAGCAUAAUAUAUUCUGAUAU